GAUAUUGUUGUGGUAGCAGAGGGAAAUACAUCAAAAUCUGUUGAUCCAGAAGUGGUGAAACUCGACUCAAUUCCUGUAUUCUUACCCAUCAUGAAAGGAUCUUUGAAUAACGCAAACAAUCGCGAAUCAGAUUUACUGGAUAAAUUAGACUACAGACAAUUAUUGUUAAUGUGUAUGCGUUAUCAAGAGCACUUAAAACAAUUGUCUGAGGCUGUGGCAUUUGAUCAAAAUGCUUUGUGUAUUCGCAUCAAGGAAAUCGACCACACCGUUGCCAUGUUACUUAAUAAACUAAAUGAGAGGCAAAGGAAAUUUUCAAAAUAUGCCGAACAAACAAGAAGAAUUAAUGAGACUUUGGCCACACUUCAAAAGAUUCAGAAAACAAUGGAUGGCAUUAUACCUAAGCUGGAAAACUUAAAUAAACUUCUGCCGCCUGAAGACCAACUUGAAUCAUUCUCAAUGCGACCUAAA